ACUAAAGACACCUUGUGUUUUUCAGGUUCUUUCAUAUCUGGUUCCCGAUGUUUCCUGUUUUCCAAUUGGGAUUGAGGUCUGCAAAACUUGGCUACAUAGAGCACAGCGAGAUCAGUUUUGUAGUCAAGCAGGGCUGCACCUACAAGCGUUUACAGGAAUCUGACCAGGUGAUGAAGAGAAUGUCGGUGCACGGGAUCAAGUCUUUCAGACCCCCGCGGCAUAGAUAUCCACAUCCAUAUGGAAUUAUUGGUGCUGGCUACAACGGCAUCAAGACAGCAUUGUUUUUGCUGAGAGACAAUCAGAAAGACUUUACCAUUUUCGAUCGCUAUGACAAGGUCGGUGGCCACGCCUGGCUGGAAAGUGCGAACAAAACAACCAGGCUGCAAACUGAGUUUGCGACCUACCAUAUUUGGUAUGGUCAGGACUUCUCUUACCCUGGCAUUGAAAAGUGUGGAGGGCCCCCAGUGGAUUGGGAAGUUUGGCCAAGCAGAGAUCGCGUCAUUGAGCACUUCGAGCUGUGUGCUCGAGAAUAUGGCAUAUACGCGCAUUGCCAAUUGAGUGUGGACGUGGAGUCCGUCGAUCUGAUUGGCAGGGAAAAGAAGGAUGACCGAGCGUUCCAGCUAAGCUGCCGCCCGGUUCUGCCACAUCGCAAGGACUGCCAAGGAGGCGAAAAGCUAGAUCACCAGGAACAAGCCACAGAAGCUGGGUAUGCAGGGGCCUUCCGGACGGACAAAAGCCGAAAGUCUUUUGUCUUUACCUGUUCCUGCUACUGCAUUUGGCCUGGAAAUUUGAUCAACCCACGGCAAAUUCAAUAUGUUGGAGAGGAGCUCUUCGAUGGAUUCAUCGAGUAUGGUGUUGAGAUGAGGUGCGACUACCAGAACGUGGUGGGGAAAAAUGUCAUCAUCCAUGGGCAUGGUGCCUUUACGAUGGAGAACAUCCGUACCUGCUGUGAAUAUGGUAUGAAGCACAUAUACCUCGUUUGCCGAAAGCGGAAUCUAACCUGCCCAAGAGUGGUCUCCUGGUUCAUCAACCAGGCGAGCCCACCAGUUACUGGAGCUCAUUGCUUGAAUCUUCUCAAGGUGGCAUACAGGCUUUGUGGCUAUGAUCCGUGGGACAUGCAUUCUGUGAGUUGCAACGCUGCACGGACAAAUGCUUCUUUUGCUCAGAAGACACGCUUCGGUAUCGGAGACGUGUACUUCUUGGCUGCUGCAUAUGGAUUGAUGGAAGUUGUGGUGGACAACAUCAAGAGGUGUAGCUCCAGAACAGUUCAUUUGGAAAGCGGAAGGAAGCUGCAAGACGUCGAUGUGAUCUUGAAAUGCGUGGGCAUGCUACCAGACUCUACAGUAGACAAGGUCAACAAGAUGAAGUUCUUGCGAGGCUGCUGGAUCAACGGUGAUCCCCGUCGUUUUACGGUCUCUGACCCGGACGGAAUUUAUGCCGCCAACUUUGCAGCAACGACCAUUGGCCCAGGAGCAUACAACUGGGUCCAGCUGAUGAAGCACGUUUGGGAUUGCCCCAAUGAGUGGAUUCAGUUGGAUGAAGCGGGCCACCUCAAUCUGCCUGAGCACUAUGCCGGUGAUCCGGACCCAGACACACCCGCGUAUUUCAUCAACGCCAGGCACUCGGUGGGCACGAUGUUCACCUACUCGAUCGUGAGUCCUGCCUACAGAGAAAUGACUACCCACUUUGAUACGUACAAGCAUUUCAUUGCCCAUCAUUGCUGUCCUGUUGACAAGCUCCUUACAGCUGCGCUGGCUGAAUGGAACGAGUAUGAGAGAUCUUGGAGGGAGAAGGGUAUGGUUCCAAAGGAUGCUCCAUACAUACCGUAUCCCUACACCAAGGAGUACAUUGCGGAGCAGCAUGAGGCCAGCAAAGAGGUUCAGAGAUUCACCUCUGAGUGGAGGCGCAUCGUGGAACGAUUUGGGCGCUGGAUAGAUUUUGACAAUGACUACAAGACCAUGGACAGAAGCUUUAUGGAGAGGCUCGUGGAUGAGGAGAUUCCUCUCACUUUUGCACCGUAUUUGCUUGAUUUGAUUGUGCUAUCAGAUCAGGUGACGGUUGAGGGUUUCUGCAACUUGCUGGCGACUUUGUUGUUCUGGGGACAGAUUCUUUUGCAGGAAAACUCCUACGUGCUUGCCUGGACAACGACACCUUGGACCCUGCCUUCAAACUUGGCCUUGUGUGUCAACCCUGAGUUGAAGUACCUUCAGGUUCAAAGCAAAGCCACUGGUACGAAAUGGAUUGUCGGGAAGGACAGAUGGCCAUGGAUAUGCUCUUCAAUCAAGAAAAAUGGAGAGAAGGACUUUACAGUUUUGUGGGAGAAGAAGGGAUCGGAGCUCAAGGGCAUCAAGUACGAGCCUCUCUUUGACUUUUUCAGGGGGAAGGCGCUCGGAUCAGCAUGGCAGAUCUUGACUGACAACUAUGUCUCCACAGAGGCUGGCACCUGUAUCGUUCAUCAAGCACCAGCUUUUGGAGAGGACGACAAUCGGGUUUGCCUUGCAGCCGGAAUCAUCCAGAAGGAUGGUACCGGCAUGGUCCAUCCAAUCGACGACAGUGGCUGCUUCACCAAGGAGGUUCCAGACUUCCUUGGUCAACAUGUCAAAGCCGCUGACAAAGACAUCAAGGAGAAGCUAAAGAAGGAAAACAAGUUGGUCUUCAAUGGCACCGAGGUGCACAACUAUCCGCACUGCUGGCGUUCUGAUACGCCAUUAAUUUACAGAGCCAUCCCCAGCUGGUUCAUCAAGGUGGAAGAGGCCCGUGAGAAAUUGAUCGCCAACAACAACCAGACGUACUGGGUCCCAAGCUUCGUGAAAGAAAAACGCUUCCACAAUUGGCUGACAGAGGCCAGGGACUGGUGUGUCUCACGAAAUCGCUACUGGGGGACGCCGAUCCCUCUUUGGGUCUCCUCUGAUUUUGAGGAGGUUGUUUGCAUUGGCAGCGUUGCCGAGCUUGAACAGUUUGCUGGAAGAGAGAUCAAGGACCUCCAUAGGCACUUCAUUGAUGACAUCCAGAUUCCUUCUCAGAAGGGCAAGGGUAUGCUCAAGCGGGUGGACGAGGUCUUUGACUGCUGGUUCGAAAGCGGCUCUAUGCCUUAUGGAUCGAAGCACUACCCAUUUGAGGGCAAGGAGGAGUUUGAGAAAAGCUUCCCUGCCCAGUUCAUCGCGGAGGGUUUGGAUCAAACGCGCGGAUGGUUCUACACCCUCAUGGUCCUGGGCACGCAUCUGUUUGACAGCCCUCCAUUCCAGAACCUUAUCGUCAAUGGUCUUGUGCUUGCGGCUGAUGGAAAGAAGAUGAGCAAACGCCUGAAGAACUAUCCCGAUCCGCAGGACCUCUUUGACCUGUUGCGACAGCCAAUUGCACGCGGAUCAGCUCUGCUUGCUUGGUGGCUGUGGAAAAAGCGAAGGGACCCCUACGGCUUUGACACUGUCGUGGAUCGGAGGGGCUUCAAUACUGUCAAAUAUGAUUUGUCACCAGUGCUAUUUGGGGAAGAAGCUCGAGAUUGCCUUCAGCACUGGGUGGCGGACAUGGAUUUCCCCUGCUGCGAGAAGAUCCAAAAGGCACUCGCUAAGCGAAUGUCUCAUCCUACCUAUGGAUACACCAUUCUGCCUCAUGAGGUUUGGAGAAUUGUAGGCCAAUGGCUCGUGGAGAAUCAGAAUUGGCCCAGUCCACCAAGUCCCGAAUGCUUUGUCUUCUCUGGUACAGUGCUCUCGAGCGUGGGGAGCAUUCUACGCACUUUCACUAGUCCGGGAGACAAGGUUCUCACCAUGGUGCCCUUAUAUCCACCUUUGCAGACAGUCGUGUCGGCAGCUGGCCGCAGCUUGGUACCGUACCAGCUGCCGAUGAGAAAGGACGCGCAAGGUACUUGUCGUUACGAGAUGGACGUGGAGGGGCUGAAGAAGGUAUUUGAUCAAGAGAAGGUGAAGGCCUUGAUACUUUGUAGUCCCCACAACCCCGUGGGCCGUGUUUGGACUCGUGAAGAGUUGGAAGCUUUAGCAAAGGCGUGCAAAGAGCGUGAUAUUUUAGUGAUGGUGGAUGAAGUUUGGGCCGACUGGUGUUGGAAGCCAUUUGUCCCAUUUCAUCCCAUCGCCAAGAGUCUCGGGUGCAGAUGCAUCAGCCUUGGCUCGCCCACCAAGACCUGGAAUCUGGCAGGGCUGCACUGUUCGUAUGCCAUCAUUGACGAUGCAGAGAUGCUACGGAGUUUCAAGCAGUAUGUCGAGAAGGUUUGGUUCUUUCAUCCGGCAGUGAUUUUCACCAAGACUGUGGGCACUUCCAGCGGUAAUAUCGGAGACUUGCUUCAGCAACUGUCUGCAGCUGAGGAUGAAUUUGGCUUGCAGCAGGAGCGGUCCUCUUGGCAGCCAGACAAAGCCAUUGGUGCUGUGUUGGCUGGUAUUGCUGCCACACAGUCACCAGGAAGACCUCGAUCUGGUCCUAAAGGUCUUGCAGCAAAGCUAAGCAAAGAGCUUAAAGGCUUCAAGCUGAGCGAAGAGAAAGCCAGGAAGCCAACCAAGGUAAAUAAAGAACUUGAAGAGUUUGAGAAACUUCAGAACGAGCAGUUGACGAAUUCCGUGCCAGAAGGCGCCGACAAGUCUCAAAGUGAAUUGGACAACUCCAAGCUGAAAGAAUCAUGGCAAUGGCUGCGGAGUAAAGCCCACAAAGCUGCAAGGCAGGCUUCUACCGUCCGGCAACAUGCUUCUGUUUUGUUUUCCAAAGUGCAACAGAACUCUCAAAAAGUCCAGCCGGUGAAGCGGGCAAAAUCCGCUUGGCGAGUGAUUCGAGAAUCUUGGUCUGGCACAAAACCUCGGCAGCAGCUCUUGACUUUUGUACUUGCAGUGCUUCUCUUGAUUGCUGUGUGGCCUUCUCGAUCAAUACCACAAGUUUCUGGUAGUCCAGAACAACGAAUGUUGCAGCUCCUGCCUGAGGAGGAAGCACGUUUGCAAAUGUUGAAUGAUGCUACACCAGGUGUGGUGUAUGUGAAAGGAAAACCGGCUUUGUGGAUCUCAGAGAAGGAAGAGCAAGGAGCAUUCGUCCCCGGUGGCACUGCUUGGAUCUUUGACAAUCGUCAUGUGGUUACGAGUUUGAGCAACAUCGACCAGGCAAGGCGUGGCUCUUUGAAGGUUGUCUUACCAGAUCGUAGCGAAGUGCCUGCCCGGGUUCUGGGAGUGGAUGAAGGGAGUGAUUUGGCGGUCUUGGAGUUGCCUGCAAAGAUAGCGCUACGUGAUGCACUUCCUUUGGGGUCUUCUGCAGCCUUGAGGCUUGGGCAAGAUGUGAUACUCAUAGGUCGUGAAGCCACACUGGACAUGAGGAUCUCCAAAGGAGUUGUCUAUGGACUGGGACAACCGCUAGCUCUAUCUGAUCAGCCAGAUGGUCAUCCAGUUCAAAGUUGCAUUCAAACAGAUGUGUUGAUGAACCCCAUAAAUCGAGGAGGAGCACUUCUCAAUAGCCGUGGGCAGGUCAUUGGAAUGGCAGUGGGGCCAACGGAUGAAGGCUCAGUUGGCCAGGCCAUACCUGCCGACAGUCUUCGAAAGCACAUAGACAGCAUCAUCUCCAAUGGCCAUGUUACGAGACCUUCUCUAGGAAUGUACUUGGCGCCAGAUGGCUUUGCUGAGAAGCUGGGUGUGGGUGGUGGAGGAGUUGUUGUCCAGGAAGUCAUACCUGGUUCUGCUGCCAAAAAGGCAGGUCUGAAAGCAGGUGACAUUAUCAUUGCCCAAGGCGAUCAUGCUGUUCAUCGCAUGGAUGACCUCAUUACAGUCCUGGAACCCUUCAGUCCUGGAGAUCAUUUCUCGCUGACAGUCCUACGCCAGACAGCAGGGGAAGGCAUUUUCGCUCCUUUCUCUCCUCAGGUGUAUUCGAAAUUGGACCUCACGGUGAAAGCGGUAGCGUCAGGUGGCAUUUGA